UUGUUUCCCAUUUGAUUGAGGUUAUGUUUUCUAAAGAAGCACGCUUUAGCGUCGGAGUUAUUGUCGAUUGAAAAUAGCAAAGAAUUGGAACCUGUAAGGAAAGUCUGAGAAAUUGUAUAAGGAAGUAAUUCGUAUAUAAGAAAGAAAUGGAUGACGAAGCCGAAGCGUAUAAAUUGUGGAGAAUAAGAAAAACGGUAAUGCAAUUAUGCCACGAUCGAGGUUAUCUUGUUACACAGGAUGAAUUAGAUCAAACUUUAGAACAGUUUAAAGAACAGUUCGGUGACAAACCAAGUGAAAAACGACCAGCGCGCAGUGAUUUGAUUGUUCUGGUAGCUCACAAUGAUGAUCCGACGGAUCAACUCUUUGUUUUCUUUCCCGAUGAACCUAAGAUAGGCAUAAAAACUAUUAAAACGUAUUGUCAGCGUAUGCAAGAAGAAAAAAUUCACAGAGCCAUCAUUGUUGUACAACAAGGAAUGACACCGAUAGCAAAACAAUCGUUGAUAGACAUGGCGCCGAAAUAUAUAUUGGAACAGUUCUUAGAAUCCGAGUUGCUCAUUAACAUUACAGAACACGAAUUGGUACCUGAACAUAUCGUACUUACACCCGAUGAGAAAGAAGAAUUGCUGACCAGAUAUAAAUUAAAGGAAAAUCAAUUGAUGCGAAUACAGGCUGGGGAUCCAGUGGCUCGUUAUUUUGGCUUAAAGCGUGGACAAGUUGUAAAAAUUAUUAGGCCUUCUGAAACUGCGGGAAGAUAUAUUUCUUAUAGACUAGUAUGUUGAAUAAAAAACUUUUGUAUUAAUAAACGGUCUGUCAAAAAUAUUCUACUCUGCAAAUGAACCACUUAUAGAAUAUCCAAUUUUUAUAAUUGUUAAAUUUACGCGACACAUACACAGAAAAAGCAAAGUUUAUGUUUUCGGAUAGCAUUUUAUUAUGCCACAGUUAUAUUUAAUAAUUACAUAAUAAAUGGUUCGGUAUUAAGUAUUAGCUAUACAUCAGGCAGUAAAUAAUUAUUAGCAUUACUCGUUUCACAGCAUUACACUUUGAUCGUGAUAUAAUCGCAUUUCGAUUCGCUUGUCAUUUAGGAAACUGAAAUGUGUGGUGUAACUUUGUACAGUUUUAUAAACAACAAUAAUGAAAAUCAAGAUUAGUAGAAUGAACUUUGUUCAAACAUGUAUUUUAUUACAUUUCAUUAUUAUACAUUUCUUGGUCCAGACAUAUCAUGGUAUAACAUUGUCAUAAGACAACUCAAUUCCAGAUUCGUUUAAGCAAUUGUACACGGAUAGUUAAGAAAACGUUAUUCUUAACGAGUGUACGUAUAUAUUGCUUUAUUUGUUGUUGCUUCAAUGUCUUUAUUCGAAUAAUCGGUACAAAUCGUUCGAAAAAUAAAAAGUGUAAUACGCGUACAAAUGAAUGCUAAUGUACACGGUGAAUUAUUAAAACUGUAAAAUGUAAUCACAGAUUGAAAUAAAAAAAAAUGUAAAAAUAAA